GUGGGGUUUUACUACAUGUCCCAUGCUGCCUGCGAAAACCGGAAAUGUCUCUGUGACGUCACGGCUGUGGACGUUUCUCAGCACAGAGACGCAGGGUACCAGCCGGAAGUCAGCUCCGGGACCGUAAACUCACAUUAAAGGGUGGAGGCUUGGCAGGAUGAGCAGUGUGGCCCUGGGCGUGGACGUGUUAGUGGCAUUGGUGUUGGCGCUGGUGCUGCUGCAUCGUUAUGGUGAUGUGCGGAAACAGCAGCGUGUGGUUCUGCUGGCUACGCUCCUCGCCUGGUUCCUCUGUUUCCUCAUAGCCUUCACCAUCCCACUCGACAUCAGCACGACCAUCUAUAAUCAGUGUGUGACUGAUAACAACCAAGGGUUAGCUACAACAGCAAGUCACUCCAACCAGACAUCCAACACUUCAGUGUUUCCCACUCAGAGGUUACCCAAGGUGUGUCACAAGCCAUGGAGUUACAUUCCAGAUGGGAUCUUGCCAGUGUUUUGGAGAGUGGUGUACUGGACAUCUCAGUUCCUCACAUGGCUCCUUAUCCCAUUCAUGCAGUCAUACGCUCGUUCUGGAGGAUUUUCCAUCUCUGGGAAGAUAAAAACAGCACUGAUUGAGAAUGCCAUUUACUAUGGCACUUAUCUCUUCAUCUUCUGCUCUCUGCUCAUUUAUGUCGCCAUCAGUCCACAGUGGCACCUCUCAUGGUAUGAUCUUAGAACCAUUGGCAUCACUGCAGCGAACACCUGGGGCCUAUUCUUACUGGUGUUGUUGCUUGGAUACGGCCUGGUGGAAAUCCCACGCUCAUAUUGGCUGGCAUCAUGUCACGGACAUCUGCUGUCCAAAACUUACUUUAAAGCAGCAAAGCUGAUGACGGAGAAAACAGAUGCAGAGGAGAACCUGGAGGAUGCGAUGGAGGAUGUCAGAGCUGUUAAUGAGUCCAUCAAAUACAACCAUCCUCUGAGGAAGUGCAUCGACACCAUUCUGAAGAAGUGUCCUGUAGAGUAUCAGGAGAGAAUGGGGAGGAACAUGGAUGACUAUGAAGACUUUGAUGAUAAGAGGAGUCCAUAUCCAAGCAAGAAGAGUCUGGUCAAACUCCAUAAACAGGUGAUUUAUGCUGUGCAGAGACACAACCGCACUCAGGUACAGUGGCAGAUCUUAUUAGACGAAGCAUUACACCUGGAAGACAUGGCUAAAAACGAGACUAGCUCCGCCCAACAGUUUGUCCACAGCCAGCCUUCCAACAAAUUAGAUGGCUGCUUCAGGAAGUACAUCUACACACCUGCUGCAGAGUGGUAUUGGGAGUGUGUGUUGCGGAGGUGGUGUUACCGUGUGCUGGCCGUGGUUUUGUCAGUGUUGUCUGUGUUGGUUGUUUGGUCUGAGUGUACGUUCUUCAGCACACAGCCUGUUCUGUCAGUGUUUGCCAUCCUCAUUCAGAUCGCUGAGAGGAAAUACAAUUACAUCUACAUAGAGGUGGCGUGUUUCAUCACCAUCUUGUACCUGUGUUACUGCGUUUACUCCACUGUGUUCCGCAUUAGAGUGUUUAAUUAUUAUUAUCUAGCACCUCACCACCAGACUGAUGCCUACAGCCUGCAGUUCAGUGGCAUGUUGUUUUGUCGACUGACACCACCUCUGUGUUUGAAUUUUCUGGGUGUGAUUCAUAUGGACUCAACCAUCUCACACCAGGACAGACAACAGACCUCAUACACAUCAAUCAUGGGUUCCAUGCAGGUUUUGUCAUUCAUUGCAAAUGGAUUUUAUAUUUAUUAUCCCAUGCUCAUCGUGCUGCUCUGCAUCGCCACCUACUUCAGUUUGGGGACGAGGUGUUUGAAUCUGUUGGGUUUUCAGCAGUUCAUGGGUGACAGUGAUUUGACCUCUGACCUUGUAGAUGAAGGGAAAGAACUCAUUCGCAGAGAGAGGAGAAAGAGGCAGAAAACAGAGGAUGCAGAGACCAGAAGGAGGGAAUGGAGGGAGAAGUAUGUGCCCAGGAGUCGGACCUCCUACUCGGAAAUCAGAGAGAAUGACAGUCCAAGCAGACAAGGUCAGUGUGAUCGGACUGAACUCCUGCAGGAUGUUGAGCCGCUGGAUUUUUAUGGAGAUGACACACCAGAGGUGGAGAACAGGAGGUAUAGUUAUCUCUCCACCUCGGUAUCUCGCACUCGCCUCUUUGACGAUGUGUGAAAAACAGCAAGGGAUCAUUGUUGAGAAAGAGGGAGACACCAAUCUUGCACUACUUCACUUUCUGAAGAGAAAUUGUGUGUGUGUGUGUGUGUGUGUGUGUGUGUGUGUGUGUGUGUGUGUGUGUGUGUGUGUGUGUGUGUGUGUGUGUGUGUUUUGAGAGGUUUUCACAGUGUUAGUAACCAUAGUGACUAUAGUUAAUACAGAAUUCUAAAGGAGUGAGAAUAUGAAAUAUUUAGCUAGCGCGAGUGACCUUCUGUCUGUUUAUGUCAGACCCAAAGCUGUGAAUAAAGGUGUGUGCUAAUGAUCUAACAGAGUGCUAAAAGAGCGGUAACCAGAGUGCUAACAGAUCGGUAACAGCACUCAGUUAGCUGCUGGGGAAAAAACAUUACACACGUAAUGAAUAAUGUGACAUUUUUGGGGGGUUGGUUACACACUGUGACUUUAUUUUGUUUUUGUGAACUUUUCACCCAGGAACAGAUGGGGUCAUAAGCCUGACAUCACUGCUGCUGCCCAUGUGCUUAUUUCAUUAGUGAUGAACGUAGGCUCCUUGUGCAGCAGAAAUUUCAAUGAUGUUCAGACUGGAACUGACCCCAAACACUCGCAUCUCUGUGCACAGCAACAUGGCAUUACUUUAUCUUUCCUGUUUGGUUCUUUGUGUCUAACAGGUGAAGAUGGUUUUAUCUCCUUCUCGUUGCAUCUUUUAAACAUUUUGUUCUCACUGGGUUCUUUGUCUAACUGAAAUAUCUAAUUUGAAAUGUUUUGCUGUUAUUUUUGCUUUUGAAGGACCUCAAAUAAACAGAUGUUUCAGGUGA